CUUUCUUGCACGAGGUGUAUCCACCUCGCACAUUUGAACGGGAGAUGAUCUAGCGCCAUCCACACUGCUCCCACUAGACUGGCUGUACAGACGGCAGGCAGAGUCAUCAUCAUCCUGAUCAUCCAGCCCUCUUUGUCUCCUCCACCCUCUCUCCUCCAAGCAAGACUCCACCUCUCACUUUCUCUCUUUCUCUCUCUCUGCCACCAUCACACUCACUCUCAAAGCACAUACACACUCUUCCCACGACUCCUCUCUCCUACUCCAGAGGAGCGCGCAUCCUUGUCAGGGGCGAGCUGAUUUCAAGCUGAAGGUGUGCUGUUGUUGCCAGUGAGCCGGACUGGAAGGAACUCCUCCAAGUGAAGAUACUACCUGAGUGUCCACUGGAGGAGGUAAAGAGUCACUGAAGGUGACAUCGUUGACACAAAGAGACCAAGCGCCGUCUGUGAAAGGAAGCAGAACUUGUCCUGAAAAACCCAUCUUAUUCCUGGGGAUUGUGAAGAGGAUCCAGGGAGGAAGCCAGCGUGCUGCCAGCGUCUGCCUGGCUGCCCAGCAUUAUCCGAGAUGAACGAGAGUCGAAGGGAAGCGCUGGCGGCGGCGGCGCCCGUGCCCACCACAGCCUCCGCCUCGACGGCCGGGUCCAACAGCACCAACACGGCCGGACUGGGCGCCGGCGAGAAUGACGAGGCCUUUUCUAAGCUGAAGGACAAGUUCAUGAACAAGCUGAACAAAAUCCCCUUGCCGUCGUGGGCCAUCUUCUCCAUCGCCUUUGUGGUGAUCAUCCUGGUGUUAGCCUGCUGCUUCUGUGUCUGCAAAAAGUGGAUAUUCAAGAAGAAAAACAAAAAGAAGGGCAAAGACAAGGGCAAGAAUGCCAUCAACAUGAAGGACGUCAUGGACGGAACCAAAACCGAGGCCUUGAAGGAUGAGGAGGACGCAGAGACAGGGCUGACCGAAACGGAGAAAGAGGCCACGCCCAAGGAGGAGGAGAAACUGGGCAAAUUGCAAUACUCCCUGGAUUACAAUUUCACGGAGAACACGCUCAUAGUCGGGAUCAUCCAGGCGGCAGAACUGCCCGCCAUGGACAUGGGCGGCACGUCCGACCCGUACGUGAAGGUCUACCUGCUGCCGGACAAGAAGAAGAAGUUUGAGACCAAGGUCCACAGGAAGACCCUCAACCCCGUCUUCAACGAGCAGUUUACCUUCAAGGUUCCAUACGUAGAGCUCGGUGGGAAGACGCUGGUGAUGACCGUGUACGACUUUGACCGCUUCUCCAAACACGACGCCAUCGGUGACAUCAAGGUGCCCAUGAACAAGGUGGACUUCAGCCACAUCACGGAGGAGUGGAGGGAUCUGCAGAGUGCUGAGAAGGAGGAGCAAGAGAAACUGGGCGACAUCUGCUUCUCGCUGCGAUACGUGCCCACCGCUGGCAAGCUGACCGUGGUCAUCCUCGAGGCCAAGAACCUGAAGAAAAUGGACGUGGGAGGCUUGUCAGAUCCGUACGCAAAGAUCCACCUGAUGCAGAACGGCAAGCGGCUGAAGAAGAAGAAGACGACAAUCAAGAAGAACACCCUGAACCCUUACUACAACGAGUCUUUCAGCUUUGAGGUCCCAUUCGAACAAAUCCAGAAAGUGCAAAUCGUUAUAACCGUUCUGGACUAUGACAAGAUCGGCAAGAACGACGCCAUCGGCAAAGUCUUCGUGGGCCUGAACAGCUCGGGGACGGAGCUGCGCCACUGGUCCGACAUGCUGGCCAACCCGCGGAGACCCAUCGCCCAGUGGCACGUGCUGAAGCCCGAGGAGGAGGUGGACGCUCAGCUCUCCACCAAGAAAUAGAUGGGGGGGCCCCUUUCAAGCGCCUGCCUUGUAGUACUCUUUAGCCAGUUAUGUGUAAAUACCUCAGUGAUAUAUGGGUCCAUCCAUGUAAGCCCCUCCUCCGCCCCGCCCUCCUGUUUAGCCCCGCCUCCUGAUUUCACACAGCUGUUGAAACGCCCUGUGCUUUUUUUCGUCCCCCUUCUACUUUUAUGUUUUUUUAACGCGUUUCUUGUUCCAGUUUGAUUCCGCCGUUCGUUCCCCGUCACCACAUCGACCCCGCCCCUGACCAAAUGCCCCGUCCCCCACUUCUUUUAAGCAAUAUGAUCUGUAUAGAUAGCGCAUGACUGAAAGAAUUUAUUGCACCACACAGUUGUAUAUAUAUUAUUGCGUAUGCAGACAAAAAUGAUUUCUAGUUUAUGUGUUUGUAUGUUGUUACCCGUUUCUUAAUCUGUGUAUAUCUCGAUGUUUUUAAUAAGAUGUUCUAUUUUAAAUUCUGUAAAUGCAGAUAUAGAGGAAAGCCAAUAUUCUAUAUAUAUAUAUACAUAUAUAUAUAUAUAUAUAUAUCCCAGGAUUUAAAAAGAAAUUCUACCUUAUUACCUUAUUGCAUUCCAGAUGGGAAGAGAUAAAAAAAAAAUUCUGACCUGCUAGUGGGAAAAGGACGAUGUCGAGGAUUAUGACAUAAAAUAUUAUACACACUCACACAAAUCUCCAAAUAUACGUACAUACGAGGCCAUUAACUACUAUGGUUCAGUGGGGGUAAAAACUACGAUUAUGCUGCUGGAAAUAAUACAAGCACAUGAUUUCUUAUGACUUUUUGUACUUAGGUAAAAGUUCAGCUCGAUGCACAUGAUCUCCGGGAAACAAUAGUCCGCACGAAACCACCGAGCGUUUGAUUUUCCUGCGGAUAAAAACAGGCCCACGUUUUAAAUCAUUCACGACGACGAAGGGUUUGUCUUGUUGUUGUUUUUUUUUUAAAUCUUUUUUUUUCCCAAAAAAAAAAAACCUUGUGGCCCCGUGUGGAUUUAAAAAAAAGAAAACAGAAAAAGCACCAAGUUGUAGCCAUUGUGUCCUUAAGCUAAUUUUACGAUAUUUUGUUUACGUUAAUGUCGUAGGGAAUAUCGCGUUCAGGCCAGGAGGGUUUUAAAGAAGACUAUUUUUUAGAGCAAAUUUCAACGUCUAUGACUAUUUUUAGUGACCUGCAUGAUUUUUUUUACGAUCUUUCCUAAAGGCUGGGGACGGGGACGGGGGGUGGUGGGGAAAUUCACUGACACCAGGGGGCGCUCUUUACUGACACUACCCCCUUGCCUUCAGUCAGAGCAGAGGAGAGGGAAGAUGAAUCGUUUAGACUUUGCGUUAAGUUGACGGAGCGAGUUUCUUAAACACUGCCAUUUUCAGGGAGGCGUCGCGGACACUCCCGCCCACGUGCUCGUGGUCGUAGCUUUGGUUUAUCGGGAACAAUGUCUUCAGUGGCUGCAGUGGUGCCGUCGAAUCGCAGUCUUUGCUUUUGCGUUGCCUUCUCACAGUGACAUUAGAGCGAGCCAUGUUUUACUGCCAGUUUUAACCUUCUAUGUGGCUGCUGUUUUGCACUGGAUGUCUUCGAGAACUUGCUCGUUGACCUCGUAAGACUUUUUUUGUUGGUUGGGUUUAUUUCAGGACACCUGCAGGGGGAGGCGGGGCUAUGGAAUUAGAUUUGUGUCAAUAUUAUAUAACAUAACACGUUUUUAGAAGCAAACCACAAAUUCAAAAUACACACAUUUUAUUUAGUCAUUCAAAAAUAUUGUAUUUCAUUGAUUUGAAAAUAAAUGUUUCGUUUGAAAUGAUCGGAAUUUUGCGCGGAAGUAUAGCAGGGCUUUAGGAAGCUGCCUGCUGAUUGGCACUCCCCGUCGACAUGCGACAAAAUAAUUAUAAGUAUCUGACGUUCAACAAAGCUAAUACCUUAAAGAUAAUCUGACAAUGUAUAAUAACUAACAGUCUUACGGGGGAAAACUUGCGUAGCCAAUGCAGGCAGCUUCCUAUGGCCCCGCCCAUGGUCAGUAUCGCGAACAAAAAACCACAACGCAAAGAACAAGGGAUUUUGAUUGUGUGGUUCAUUUUGUUUUGCUCAAUUCAUAAAGUGUGUUGCUUGCUUCGUGAAAAGUGUUUGAAAAAUAUUGACUCAAAUCUAAUUCCAUGGGGGGGCGGGGCCAGAAAUCCUCCUGCGUGAUCGAUCCAUUGAUUAUUAAGCGGGAAAAGCAGUGACGACAAAUCAGCCAGCAACAAUAGCCGUUGUUUGUUUUACCUGUUGUUUGCACGGCGACACCAAGAGAAACAACAACCGUAAAAGUUAAUGGUCUGUGUAGGCGAUUUAGUCCAUCAUGUCCUUUACUAUGGGUCCAAAUCAGGAACGGGAAUAAGUUUGUAAUCCAUGAAAAACCAUUGAAGUCUCUUAUCUCGGAGGAACCUCUUGCGUAUACUCGAUACUAAGCUUCAGGAGGACUUUCUAAAUGUUUUUCAAUGUUCUUGUGUAGUUGAUAGCACUAUUAUGAAAAAAAGCUACGUGUCAUUCCAUAGGAGUCUCUGAAGACUGCUGUUGUGUAUCACUGUGACUGCCGUGUGCGCGUGCGUGUGUGUGUGUGUGUGCGUGCGUGUGUGUAGAGAUGUAGACUUAUCAGUAGGUUUGUUCUGUAGUGAUGUCGUAGCGUUUAACGCCAUUUUCCCUUCUACAUGCAGAGAAACGAGAGAGAGGGAGAGGGAGAGCGCUGUGUCGUCCGCGCAGAUUCAAAAAGAAAUUUUAAAUCCCGAGCGUUAGCGAGUCGCUUCACACAGCAUUUUGUUGAGCACUGUGCAAUAUUUAUGUGUUCAUCCCAUUGUGUUCAAAUGGGUGACGUUGUCCGGAUUCAUUCCAGUCCCGAGAGAAAAAAAAUUCCUUUCCUUUCCAGGGUCCGUGUAUGUGACGGCUAACGGAUUUUUGUUUGUAAGAAAAUGAAAACGAGCACAGUUUAUUCUGUUGUGACCCCGGAAACUAUCGCUGUGACACUGUUAUGCGCACAGUGGGUGCAUUGGGUCCACGUGCGCUCUUGGAUUUCUGGAGUUUUUUUACUCUAUGUUUGUGAAUACAAAAAUGUACGGAAAAUUUGCACAGAUAGAAUAUAAAAUUCUAUGAUGGUUAAGAUAUUAUAUAACAGAAAGUAGCGAUAACGAUAGUGAUAGUUUCCGGGUCGGAAAAACAACAACUGAUCAUUCUCGUUGCUCGUUUUCCCGAUGUUUUUAUUUUCUUAAAAACCAAAUAGAUCCGUUGGCCUUCAAGUACGCUGACCUCCCAGAGACAUGGUUAGGACACAGCACACGUAGAUUCAGCUCAUAUAGACGAAUCCGGCCCGGCGGAUUUGUGUGUGUACCGCCAUCUAGCUGCAUCAUUGCUGCGGUGCAAACGGCUUCCUGGGCCGGGUUUAUGACGUUACUGUUCAAUUAAAAAGAAAAAUGAAACAUAAACAGGUAAAAGUAGAAAGAUGCCACAGCAUCACUUCCGCUUCUUUGCCGGAUUUGUCUAUAGGUCGGAGCUUGACGCCUGUCGACCUCUGCGUACGGUUCCCUCCCAUUUUUUUUGUCUUUUUUUUUUUUGUUUUCUUCUUGCUCACAGUUCCAGCACCAGACGUUUCAGGGAGUUAUCAGUUUAAAAGACCAAACCGCGUUCUGCACUCACAUAAUCCCCCACUUUAUUAAAAAAAAAAAAAAAAAAGAAGCCAUGUACAUAUUUACAUCACUUAAAUGCAAAGUGACAUGAAUAGGAUUAUUCAGCCGCAUAUAUAUCUACUUAUAUAUAUCUAUAUCUAUCAGCCAUACACUAAAUGUCAUCAGCAUCAUUUCCCAUCAUUUUCUCCUCAUGCUUUUGUUUUUCUUGUUAAAUUUAAUUUAACUUAACUGCCCUGUUUUAUAUUUGAGGUGAAAACUGAAUGUACAGUAUGGACUGUGUGUUGGUGUAGAUUAUUUUAACCGUGAGAUUAGAUGUACUUUGCACUUUCUGUUAAAACAAAAUAAUUGUCAUUUUGUUUGUAUUUUUUUCAACUUAUUAUUUAUGGAUUUAUUUUCCAAUUGCUUUGGGGGUUAAAAACAAACUCCCCGCUGUCUGAUAGCAUUCCAAUACAGCUGCACUCCCACUCCCUCUCCACUAGAGGGAGCAUUUUUAUUUAAUUAUUUAUGUUUUUCAUGAUUUCCAGCACAGCUUCAGAUCUAAAACGGGGGAUAAGAAAAAGAAUUGUACUGAUCAAACCAGGGGAAUUGAGUAACGGGCAGCAUUGCAUCACCCAACAGUUUGGGAGGUUUGUGAGUGAAAAAAGGAAAAAAAAAAGACUCACCCACAAAGCAAAAAGCCAUGACCUGCACUGCAGCGCAAUGCUCCUUUUAUUACAAUUUCCUACCAGAGUUCGUAGAAAAAAACCUUUACAAAAUAAAUAACCCCCCCCCCC